UCUAGCGCAGCCAUCUCAAUUGUAAUACUAAAGCAUCAAAGUAGGUUCUUCAAUAUCUUAAACCCCAUUCGCAACGAUACAAAAGGCUGACGUCAAGAUAAAAUUCGCUGUCAUUGGCCCAAGCAGGCCUUGUCAUGCUUUCACCAAUCUGACAAUUUAUCUUGCACUCAUAUCUCAACCAGCGACGUCCAUCACAAGUACCUCAUAUUACCAACCGCUUCCAAUGUUUCAGUACGACUAUGAUAUCUCGGAAACGGAGAAAUUUCGUGCUCGCCGCCGCCAUAUUUGUCGAGAGCAGCAGACAUUACCGGAGCAAAGCAUCGAAGCUUCCAACACGGAGGAAUGGCAUAACCGCAAAAUUUCUGCUAGCCAGCGACAUAAUCAGCAGCAGACACACAUCUGUGACCUGUUUGACUAUAGCUGCUGGUCUGAGUCGGCUGGCACGGAAAUGUAUCAAGGUUUGAACGCCUUCGACUUCUCGGCGUCACCUGAAGCAUUCCACGACGGCACAGCCUUUCAAACGAAACCUUUAUAUCAGCAAAAUGACUUCGGGUGACACAACAAGCCAACCUGCCAACUAAUGUGCAGCUAAUGUCUGAUGACGAUCAUCUUCAGCACGAGAGAAAGCAGUACAUAAUUCUCAUUAAACGCAGGUGGCGUCAAUGGGCUUGAGUAUGUGAGAUGAAGAAUUACAGUGCUUUGAACAGAUGACAGACUAGUCCAGCAUAUAUGCUUGGUAAAGAAACAACUAAUAGCGUAUCAAAGAACUAAAAGUACAGGGCGAUCGAUACAUAUGAUGGAUGGGUAAUUACUGCAAUCACUUUUUCAAUUUUAGCAAGCAAUAGAGAAAAGGAGUGUACUCGGUAAUGAUGUUGAACUCAGGCAGUCAUCAAUGUUAAACGGGUCGCUCACUUUUAGCCCUUUAAGUCAACCAAGCCGCAAAAAAUUUCUUUCCGGAGACAUCGUGGCGGGCAAUGUUGUAAGUGUCCUCGAUAAGUCUGCGUCAGGAAUUGAGUUAGAAUAUGUGGCUGGAUCCGUCUCGCGCCACGCAAGACAGGCCCAGCAACGAACAACUUUCAAAUUCAGAACGAAAAAUUUCUGAGUUCGAGACUUGAUCGCCC